AUCCCGGUGCAUUGUGGGGAUUUACGUAAAGCCAAGAUGGCGGCCGCCUGCUCCAGAGCCGUCUGUAAGGUCGGACGGUCUUUCCUGGAGACUCCAGCCGCGGCGCGGUCCGGCACCGUCUCGCUCCUGCUGGGGAACGCCGGGACUCAUGGCUCACGAAGGGGGUUCGGUACCAGCGGGCCGGGGUUCCGGUCCAGACUGCUGUCCUCGAUGCGGGCAGCAGGAGGCAGGGCUCUGGGCUGCGCCUUCCUGCUCGGAGGCGGUCUGGGUCUGUACCAAACCCUCCGGCUGUCCGCCCAGCAGCACCUGGCGGAGGAGGACAGGAAGGUUCCAGGAAGGGUCCCGAAGAUGACCCUGUACCAGUACAAGACCUGCCCGUUCUGCAGCAAGGUGCGAGCCUUUCUGGACUACUAUGGGCUGCCGUACGAGAUUGUGGAGGUGAACCCGGUGAUGAGGCAGGAGAUCAAGUGGUCUUCAUACAGAAAGGUGCCCAUCCUGAUGGUGGACGGCGAGCUGCAACUGAACGACUCGUCUGUCAUCAUCAGCUCCCUCAGAACUUUAAUGAUCAACAAGGAGAAAAACAUCUCCGAUAUAAUUUGCUGCUACCCUGAGAUGAAGUCCAAGAACGACCGGGGGAAGGAGGUGACGGAGUAUAACAACAAGUACUGGCUCAUGCUGAGCGAGGCCCAGAACGCGGUGGUUUAUCCUGCCAAGGGGAUGCAGAAAGAGGAGAUGAAGUGGCGACAGUGGGCUGAUGACUGGCUCGUGCACCUCAUAUCUCCAAACGUCUACCGGACUACCGGCGAAGCCCUGGCCUCCUUCGACUACAUCGUGCGCGAGGGCAAGUUCGGUACCGUCGAAGGCUUCUUCGCCAAAUACGUAGGGGCUGCUGCGAUGUUCGUCAUCUCAAAAAGACUGAAGAGUCGACACAACCUGCAGGACGACGUCAGGCAGGAUCUCUAUAAGGCCGUCAACGACUGGGUGGCAGCCAUUGGCAAAAACAGGAAGUUCAUGGGUGGAGAUCAGCCUAACCUGGCAGACCUGGCGGUGUUCGGCGUCCUCAGAGUGAUGGAAGGACUGCAGGCGUUCAACGACAUGAUGGAGAACACCAAAGUCAAACACUGGUACAGACGCAUGGAGAGGGCGACGCUCAACCACGAGGGCCGAUCUUAAAGGGCUUCACAACGCCGAACCUCCAAAUGGACGAUAAACCUGCACCAGGAAACAAAAUGGCCUUCGUUGUUUGUAGGAAUCUCAGAUGCCUCCAGAAGCUGCCGCUCCGUUGUCCAAACACUCUGACGUUUAGAUUUCAGCAUUUAGUGAUGAAGAUGCUUUUGGGGAAACCCUUAAUUAAGCUUUCUGCAUCAGAUUUUCACAGCGGUGACACCUACAGGUGGACAGGGGGAACUGCAGCCGUUACUCACGCCUCAGCUUUUCUGCAGAAUUAAGACUCAAAUAAAGUCUAAUCUUCAGUCCAGUUAAAUUACUAAAAAUAAAAUUGUACUGCCUUUUUCAAUAUUUAUCCAAAAUUAAGUGAUUUAAUCAUUUCCCAGGAAUGACAGGAGCCCAAAACAGUGGUUGUAUCGGCGUAAUACGUCUAGUUAACGGUGUAGAAAGUCUUGCAAAGUUAGAAGACAAUGUUAUCUAAAGUCUAAAUUUUGCUUCAGAACUUCAUAAUUCUCCUUAAUCUUUCAAAUUGAAUAUAAUUGUUUUUUUGCACACACAGCUUUAACGGUUCUUGAUCUAAAAUGCUCAAACUAGAAGAUUUAGUUCAUUUUUUUCCCCAAAUUUUUUGCACAAAUGCAUGUUUUUUUAUUUCUUUAGUUGAAAUUUAUUCUGAGGCUUUACAGAAAGUUUUCUUUGCCAGGUUUUCAAGAAGAGAAUAAAAAUAAGACGGUUUCAUGGUCUAGUUUCUGUGCAGGAACCAUAAAAUGAGGUUCUCUGUAUUUAUUCCUCACAAAAUCCCGUCAGGCUGGACUGUAGCAAACAUGUCGGCUGCAGGUUAACUGAAUUACUUGUAAUCCUGUGUAGAUAUGAAAAGAUGAAAUAAAAGGAAGUUUUCUGGGUUUAUUUCGCUUCACUUUGCUGCUAUUUGACAGAAAGCUUUUAUCAGAAAUAGCAGAUCCCUCAUGUUGGUCACCUCUGUUUAAAGAUGUGUAAAAACAAGAAUUCAAAUAAAGCAGUUUUAUUGCAGUAAA